UUUGUUAGUUAGUUGAUUCGGAGACGAAGCGGCCGGGAAUUAAUCUUUGGAUCCUCCCCUCCCCACUUGAUUUGAUUCUCUCCUCCUCUUUCUUGUCCUUCUCCUUCUCCUCUUUUUGUCGACUGACAGACACCUCUGUCUCCGUUUUCCCCUCGCCUCUCUCUAACUGUACUGGCUACUGUUGGAUUGCCUCUCCUCUUUUUCGUCUUUCCUUUAUUACUCUCUCCUCUCUCCUCUCCUCUCCUUGCAUAUUUAUUUGUUUUCUCUUCUUGUACGUAUUUUGGUACUGGUUUUCUCCGCCUCUCCCGGUUCUCCCGAUCUUCCCCACCCAAAACAACAUCCUUCGCUGUCUGCCCAACCACCACUAACUCCUAUUUUCUUCAGGAUAUGUGGAAUUGAUUUCUACGCUGUGGGUUCUCUGUCAUUGUACGCCAUGGCCUGCUCAUCGCAAUCUGUCACCAUUGAGUCCUAUCCUGAGGCGGCGGUGGCCUCCGCCUAUGCCACCCCCGGAGAAGACACCGGCCUCCUGAGAGAUCGCCGUCGCAGACACUCUUUUCACACAGCUCGCAAGUUGUCCUGCGACUACGAUGCGGACGCUGUAUUCCUACGGGUGGAGCUCUUCCUGGCCGAACUCGAACGACGCCUCCACUGGCUCGAACAAUACCGCAAGUCCCACAUGGAUCAGAUCGACGCCAGUCUCCGCCGUGGAUACGCCACCCUGGAAGCCGUGCGAGAUUCCUGCUCCCAUGCCUCCGGGGAGCUGAUGGGUGGUGGGAAAAAGCGGGCCAAGAUCCUCGUCGAGACGCUGGAGGACCGCUACAUGGAUGCACUCGCAACAAAGGAGACACUCGAACAAAAGGCCCAGGCGGGAGUCCGAUUGAUGGAGUCGUUUCUGGUCGAGCUGGAGUCCCGCGCCCAUGCGGUCCGCGACCGAGGGCUCUACGGCACUCUGGACGAUGGAUGGAAGGCGAUGGACUCGAAGCUGGUGCAUGCCCGUGAGGUGGUCGACGAGGGUAUGGAACGGGCACGACGGGCGAAAGACGCGCUGCGGGAGAGCAUCGAUCGAGCUAUCCUGCUGGCCCAGGAGCAACGGUUGAUCACGUAUGCGGAUCUCCCGCACCCGUGGCGGGUGAACCCGCAUAUUCUGCAGGGGUAUCGGUUCACACACUCCAAGGUGGAAUGCUUGACCUCGGUGUUCUCGCCUUCGAAUGAGACGUUCAACAUCUGGUCCCACCUGAUUGGGCUUUUCAUCGUCCUAUCGGUGGCCUUUUACUUUUAUCCGCUGAACCCCAACUUCCACCUCAGCUCGCGGACGGACAUUCUGGUGGCCGCCGUCUUCUUCUUCGCGGCGUGCAAGUGCCUUGUCUGCAGCACACUGUGGCACACGAUGAACAGCAUUGCCAGCCAAACGCUGAUGGAGCGGUUUGCCUGUGUGGACUACACGGGCAUCUCGAUGCUGGUGGCAGCCUCGAUUGUGACGACCGAGUACACGGCUUUCUACUGCGAGCCGGUGUCACGGUGGACUUACAUUUUGCUGACCAUGUCGCUCGGUAUCGGAGGUGUGAUUCUGCCGUGGCACCCAACCUUCAACCGGGCGGAUAUGGCAUGGGCGCGCGUGGCCUUUUACGUGUCGCUAGCGCUGACGGGAUUCGCGCCGUUGGCACAGCUGACGUACACGCGUGGACUCGCCUGGUGUUUGUAUUUCUACGCACCAGUAGUGAAGAGCAUCAUGGUGUACUUCGUGGGAGCGUGUGUUUAUGCGUCGCAGGUGCCGGAGCGGUGGCGGCCAGGACUGUUCGAUUAUGUGGGUGGCAGUCACAACAUCUGGCAUCUGGCUGUCUUGGGAGGGAUCCUGUUCCACUAUUGCGCGAUGCAGGAUCUGUUCGCGGGAGCAUUCCAACGGGCGCAGGGCGAGUGCCCGAACCUGGCCAAGUAGGAGGUAGAUGGGUAGUAAAAGGGGUGUAGAUGAUGUAUAGACAUAGAGUAGAUGUUGGUUGUAUUGUGGAUGUUUCGUUCUUGUACAUACAUUUGGGGAAGAUAGCGGACAUAGACUUCUUUCCUAUAGCUUCAACAGUUACCAUCUGACCACAACCUUGGCAGUUAUACUUCUCUCGAUACUUCUCUCCCGGCAACCCCUCAUUCAACGUCUGUCUAGUUGUAAUAGUUUGGAUGAACCGGCGUUGAGAAAACGAGCAAGUCAACCACGGGAAAGGGCCCAUCCAUUACAUUUGCAGCGACGGGAUUGGGUGAGAUGCAAUGACACGAUGGGUCUGGAG